UAGCGUUGUGUGCGCAGCGUGUGGCUGCUGCUGCUGCUGCUGCUGCUGAGAAGAGCGCAAGGUACACAAACCCUUCAACGGAGAUCCAGCGGCUCCAAAGCUGCGCAAAGAACAGUAAACACCGACCUCAGCUGUCAGUGUUUGAAUGUGCUCAUUGCCUUAUCAUCACCUGUGCUGGUCCUCUCUUAUGAAAGCAGAACUGACAAACAAAACACGGAGUGACCUGAAAGUGCGCAGCCCGGCACAAGAAAGAAGUAGAUUUGGCACAAGUGAAGAUGUCCAAAUGGGUCUCGUCGCAAUGGGAUUUGAGUUGAAGAACACGUAACCACUCAGAAGUCACCCUGAUAGAACCCGCUGUUAAGGUAACUGGAAACUUGACAAGGCGUUUUUUGACCGCUGGGAUGUUGUGAGAGACACGUCGCCUGGGACAGAAGGAGAAGGAGCGGGGACGCAGAAGGCAGAGAGAGGGGAACCAGGGCUGGACGAGCACCGGAGGGAUUAUGGCUCUCGCAACGUUUUCUCUCAGCCUCAUCACGCUGGCGCUUACAAACUUGCACCUGUCGAGAGCCAGCGACCGGCAUGCGGUGUACUGGAACAGCUCUAACCUACAGCUGCGGAGGGAGGGAUUCACGGUGCAGGUCAGUGUCAAUGACUACCUGGACAUCUACUGCCCGCACUACAACACCAGCCAGAGGGGGACGUUAGAGCGCACUGUGGCUGAGCAGUACAUCCUCUACAUGGUCAGCUACCGCGGCUACCGCACCUGCGACCCCCAGCUGGGCUUCAAGCGCUGGGAGUGCAACAGGCCCCACGCGCCUCAUGCUCCCAUCAAGUUCUCGGAGAAGUUCCAGCGCUACAGCGCCUUCUCGCUGGGCUACGAGUUCAACGUGGGACAGGAGUACUACUAUAUCUCCACGCCCACCCACCACCAUGGCCACAGCUGCCUGAGACUGAGGGUCUACGUCUGCUGCUCCACCGUUUCCCAGGCAGAUGAUGACUCCAGUCAGACCUCUCCCGACUACACAGUCAGGCCAAACAUCAAAAUACACAACAUUGAUGAGUUUAACCCCGAAGUUCCCAAACUGGAGAAAAGCGUCAGUGGCAGCAGCCCUUCACAUGACCGCCUUCUUCUCACCGUGGCGAUGCUGCUUGUGUCUGCCGUCCUUUUGUCCUAGCGACUUGUCACCGUGAGUGACACUUCAUGCAUAGCUGGGACCGCCUUGUCCAAAGGGCUUUGUAUCCACCGAGUUGUUGAUGUGAAAGUUGGCAGAAACACAGAAGAAGAAUCAAGCAGAGGUGCAACAGAACCACAAUCAAAAGGACACAGGAAGAACAUCCUUGAACUUAACUAGACUUUAAAAAGGAGAGGCCUUUUUGCUGUCAUAUUUACACCAGUGUAUUUUGACACUCCAUGUGUUGUUGGACGUCAUUAUCAUAUGAAUACCACGGCAUUUCAUGCAGGUGUGUUUGCCACAACAUGGAGACCACAACCAAUAUUUAGAGUCAGACUUCUGUGCUGCUGUCAUGCUGAAAGUGGACUCGUAAUGAGGUAGAGUACACACUCUUAUUGUAGCAUGGAUAUUAAAAUCACCUGAGGAAUUAAAGCUGCACUGUCUUUAGCUGAAGAAAGCAAGGUUUUUGGUGACUGUAUGCUUUGAAGAGGAUGGCAAACUCUACAGUGGAUUUUUAGACCUUGGACCAUGGACCAUGUAUGCUGAUGGAUAAAACUCAACGUUAAUGUAGUCAAAAAAAAAAAGCAAGCUGGACUCUGGACCUGUACUGAUGUUCUAUAGGGGAUAUUUAUAUAAUCAGUCAGUGAUGAGAACUGCUGCCAUUAUCCUGGACAUUGAAGAAUGUUUUCUCACUGGUGAGAGGGAGCUGCUGGUAAUAAGAGCCCAAGGUGUUUCUUUCUUAAGAAAAGGGAAAGACUUUGUGAGGAUAUCCACGGGUCUUUCAAGAAUCCAUUUUCACCAGACAUCAAAAAUACCCCUGGCUUUGUGAUAGGUACAGAUGCAAAGCCUGCAUUUCUUAGAAGAUAGCGAGUGCUCUCUUAGAACUAGUCCUUUGUCUGUAUUUCCUGCCUUCACACUGUAACAACCCUAGAAAAAUACAGACCCUGGACUAGUAAUUUGACAGCACUUAGACGUGGUAGAUGUGUGUUUUGUUCCGAUGCAUUUACCCUCAGCACUUCGCGUAGAUUUUCCGGAUGUCAAACCUUUCUCUUCGCAGCAAUCAGCAGAGUCAUUCAGAAUACCACUAAUUUACAAUUCUUAAAAAACCCUCUCUCUCCGCAGCAAGUUCCCUUUUAAUCCCAGACAACCCCAUCUAUUCCUUUUCCACUUCAGAGGUUCCCAGCCAAUCAGUGCUGAUGGCCAUUACAGCAGUCACAGUCACCAUGGAAACGACCCCAUACAGUCGCCAGAGUGCGGCAGGUGCCUGAGGAGAAAUUGUGCUUUGAGUCUCAAAGUAACGCUGCCGCCAUUUUGUAAAAAAAGAAAAAAAAAGUAAAGAAAAAAACAACAACAACACGUGUGAAUGUGCAAAUAAAGAGAAGUUCACUUUUUUAUAUUGUUAUACAGGACAACGUAGGCUGGCAUUAAUCAGAUUACAAUGUUGUGCUUUUUUAAUUUAUUUACUUUUAAGAUGUAUUUAUUUUAACAUUAAAGUAUAUUAUUUAUCUACCUAAUUUAUUAAUGUGCAUUUGUAGGCCUUUGCUCAAUAAGCUAUUGUGCCAUUUUGUUAUUCUUUUUUUUAAACAGUGGAAUUUUUACUGCAGCAUUUUGCCUGUGUAGAUAAAUAGGCAGAUGUAAUUCAGCCUGACAAAAGCAGAGGGUUGUUGGUUAUGACUAAUCAGUGGGGAUGUACACUCAGUAACCCUACUCUCAUGUAACAGAUACUGCUAACCAGAUUAUGUUGCAGCAGCGCAUGUCAUAAACCAACUGUGAAUGCACAGACAGAGCCGAUGUUUAUAGAAGGGCAGCAUUCCUCAAGUGCUGCACUUGCGAAACGAAGGAGUCUGCAUUGUAAUGUAUAUUUAUAAUACAUGCCGGUUAUGGAAUGUGCGUGCGUGUGCACAAGCGUGUACGAGUGUGUGAGUGUGUGGCUUUAUCUGCCUGCUUUCCUGCGUGUGUGCGUGUGUGUGUGUGUGUGUGGGAGUGAGCAAGAGAAAAAACAUAUGUGUGCACAUUUGUGUGCGUAUGUAUGUAGAAUGUGUUUGUCCGCGCUUUUCGAGUAUGUUGCAUUUAGAAAUUUCGUACCCGUUAAGGAGUCGUUUGUAGGAUCUGAAUAUGCAAGUGUGUAUGAGAGAUUGUGCUCUUCUGUAAUGUUAGUUUGCGUUACGGGGUUUGGGAAGUGGGCAAAAAGCAUUUACUGGUGUUGAAGACAACCACAAGAAAUGUGUUUACCUUUGACAAGAAUGAUUAAAAAAAACCUGUAAAUUGAUCCAAGAAUGAUUAAAACA